AUUUUUCGUCAACUUGUUAUUCAGCUUUGAUUGACGAUGUGUCCAGAACCACGAGGAGUUUUGUGACAACUUGGAUUGUUGGUCUUUCGCUCCUCAACUGACUUGGUCGCAUAUCUAUGUUUCGUCGUAUGUCCCGGAGACAGAAGACUGCCGUGCUAGCCAAGACGGGCCGCUGCGGUGCGAUCCUGACGAACAAUCAUACUACGACUAUCAGUAUGACUACCACGACGAUUACCCGUACGAUCAGUACAAGCAGCCGCAAGCUCGGUGCGAGCCGCUACACGCUCCGUAUGAACUACACGCUCCGUAUGAGCAACUACACGCUAAGUACGAGCCGUCUCAGCUCCAACGCGAGCAACCGUACAAACAGUUCGAUCAGUCACCCGUGCAACACCACCAGCCCUUCCGUGUACCGUACGAGCCGUCAGACGUCGAGCCAUCACACGUUCAGCGCGACCGGCAACAAGACCGACAGCGUGGCUGCCCGCGGCUCUUGCGAUGGUUCCUCCGUUCACAGAAGCCGCAUCCACAGCCGCCCAGCCCUUUCAAGCCUACCCCCAAAAGCUCGUAUGACUCCCAGGACCACCGGUACAACACCGUCCUACCCGAGCCUACAUAUAUUCUCGAGCGGGAGCCCCCGAAAAACCCGCAUCAGUCCCGAGACGAGCCCGACUGCCAUCUCGAUCUCAAGCCGGAACCCCCGUUUGAUCUCAACAGAGAACCCCCAAAGGAUCGCAGAUAUCCGGAGGGAUAUCCACGCUGUCGCCCGGUUGACAGUCAGUCCGAGAGCGAUAGCAGUGACUCUGAAGAUCAAGGUGGGGACCACGAAAUCGACGACCAAGCCAGUGACGACCUGCCUCUGCCUCUGCAGCCGCCACGUCCGCCACUCCACUCCAACACCCACCGCCUUUAUCAGUUUGUUCCUUGGUUCGCAUCGACAUUUUGACCUACGCAUCUUGUUUUCGUCUUUCGCGUUUUCAAUCUGCAUCUUGUAUCAUUAUUCUUACCAUACCAUAUCGACUGUAUCAAUAGUUUUUUUCCCUCUGUUCUUCGAAUCCUUAAUCCUCUUCUUUGGCUCUAUUUUCGUCUUUUUGCUUUUCUUUCAGAGUAGAUGCAUUUCCACAUUUCCAAAUUGUCUAGUAAUAAGAAUACAUCGGGGGAGUUGCGGCGGGAGGGUGCUUGUUCUCUAACACUUGUUUGCGUGACUAUACUUGAAUUCACCGCUGGUAUAACGAGUCUUUCUAUGUUU